AUGCGACGCAUUUUCAUCGAUACCUUGAGACCAAUGUCUUCGAAGAGCAGCGCGAGAUUCGAGGUUGCAAAGAGAAGGACUGCUUGGAGCUCGGCGCCUAGAUUGCUGACGACACGUGUUUUCUUCGGUGCCUUGUGGUUAUGGUUCAACAUGAGGACGCCUGGAGUCUUGAUACCGGCAGAUUCAUUUGCCUACGUACAAGAUGAGAGCCUGAGGGACAUUUUAAACACUACGUUAGGGUUCGAAGGCAUCUUGGUCCUCAACCUUCCAUUCCGUACCGACCGUCGCGAUGCGAUGAGCCUUUCAGCAGCCGCCUCAAACAUCAAGCUCGAGUUCGUGGAAGGCGUCACGGGUGGGAGCAUCAAUGAAAAAGCAUACCCUCCACCAGAAGAGAACAGGAAGCAUUCUGCAGGCAUUCGAGGAAGUUGGAGAACACAUAUGAAUGCUCUACAAAGAAUAGUCGACCAUAAUCUUACCACCGCACUGAUUUUCGAAGACGACGUAGACUGGGACAUUCGGAUUCGUCAAAAUCUACAACGUUUCGCACUCGCAUCACGCUUUUUAUCAGGGAACCAUGGUAUCUCUACAGUGAAGGACAAACUCGAAACGCAUACAAACACAGAGACAGAAGACACAGCCUUCAAGAUCAUCGACACUUCAAACCUCCCAAAGACACUAACCUCCCUCCCUUUAUCUUCCAUACCCUCCUACAGUAGCAAUCCCCACAUCUCACCCUACGGCGACCCAACACAAUGGGACAUACUCUGGCUCGGCCACUGCGGUACCGGCAUGCCACGUCCAGCACUCAGUCCACACAUCCCCAUCAACCAUCGCCACAGCACUACUACGACCAUCUUAACCCAACCCAACGAUUUCACGGUCCCCUCUGCACAACACCUGAAAGCUCACCCCUUCCAAGGUGACCCCGACGCCCUAGGUACCACAUUCCCACCCCACACACGAAUCUAUCACCAAGCAACGGGCGGGACUCUAUGUACAGUCAGCUACGCCGUCUCCCAACGCGGCGCCCGACGCCUCCUCCAUCAAUUUGGCGUAAGUGGGUGGAACGGCAUUUUCGACAGCGAACUAGGCCGGUGGUGUGCUGGCAAUGAUCCUGACAUGGGCCGGCAGGGCCAGAACUCUCAUACUACUGUGGAGGGUGGGGGCAUAGGUGUGAGUGGAGACGAGAGGGUGUGUGUAACGGUUCAGCCACCGAUAUUUGCGCAUCAUCAUCCAAACAAUGGGGAGAGUGAUAUUGGAGGGUUGGGUGGAGGUUAUGCGAAAAGGUACGAGACAAAAUAUUUGAGGUAUAGCGUUAGGAUGAAUCUUGCGGCUUUGGUUGGGAGGGUAGGGGGAGAAGGUGACACGGAGGGUUUGGUGGACCAGUGGCCUGAUGGUGAGGAAUGA